AUGCAUGUUCCAACAGCUCCUUUGGGUCCCUUGGGCAUCGAUGUGGAACAAACAUGUGGCACUAUCCAUGCCGAUCUGGCAGGCUUCGCCCAACCCUCAAUUAGUCCAAGCAUUGAUUUUCAGCGGCCCAAGUCGGCAAUAUCAAGUGAGCCGGGCGUUCGGCUCACUUGGCGUCCGCCUAAGGAAACCGGUGGCCUGCCCAUCACCGAGUACCUGGUGGAGCAACGCAGAAUUGGCCCGGGCAUCCUUGGUCUGGACGAUUGGCUGCCUGUGAUGAGCGUACCCCCCGGGCGUACGUUCGUACAUCUACCAAUCACAGAGCGUGAUUUGCGACUGCGAUCCGCCAGUCUUGCCUAUAGAGUUUGUGCAGUCAAUGAGCUGGGGGCUGGCUCGCCUCUCGAAAGUUUAGUACCAGUCAGCCUCGACCAUCUGGCAAAGACCAAGAUGCUGGUACGUCGACCUGCCUCUGUACAUUCGACAGACGAGCACUUUCGUCGCCUCCCUGAUGCUCCCUUGGGACCUCUACGCUGGGAGCUCGCAACUCCGCUAGGUAACCGUGUUACCCUAUUCUGGAAAAGCCCUACCUUGUCUAGCAAAUCCACUCUCGUUGACUCGAGAUCGCUUCUGCCAUCGCACUAUCUGAUCGAGGCUAGCCGAGCCGAUACCCCUGAAACCGUUUGGUUUGAGCUAGGUCGCUUUCCAGGCAGCUCUACUUCCGCUGAGGUUAGCAUUCUCAGACAGUUGCUUUCCAGGCCCGAAAAGGCCACUGUUAGUCCCGGACGAUCUUUGCCAAUUGAGCCGUUGCUAUUUAGAAUCCGUGCAGAAAAUGAAUACGGCUACAGCGCACCUCUGGUCACUCGAGUAGAGGUUACCUCUGAUCCGAAGUCUCCACAUGCUGAAACCAUCCAACCUCAUCUUCCUGCCCCUACUGGUGGCCGCCUUGAGGCUCGUCUAGUUGAAGAUCGCGGAGCCUAUCCUUAUUACGAGCCACCAUCUAUUGAGCUUCGCUGGCCCCCGAUGGCUGUUUCUCUGGGGACUGAGGCUCUUAUGCACCGCGUUACCACUCCAACCUAUCAACCGUCACUCCUGGACUCGUUAAGCAGAACGAUACCGGUCUCAAGCCUAGGCUAUGUGGUCGAGGCGCGUCGCGUAGGUGAACGACCUUGGAAACUGAUUGCCAGCUUGCCAGUGGGACAUGAACACUUUAUUUAUAGACCCACAGCUCUGUCAUCUUCAGAAGUGGCAGCCUUUGAAACUUUUGGACAGCCGAGAGUAGGUGAAUUCAGAUCUUCUGAUCUGGGUCGCCUCACUCCCGAUGUACUCGCUAUCACAGAAGCCUACCAAUUCCGUGUCGCUGCUAAAGACUGGCAUGGAGUUGGCGCAUACCUUGAGUCAGACAUUGUGUCCUGGCUAAGUUCGGCCCAAUGGCAACCACAUCGACCCUCUAGUUCUAUCUCCACCUCGGCCGUUCCCCUGCCCCGAGUGCCAUCGGCUGCCGAGUUGGUGCGGCCUUACACUCCACUUGUUCUAAGCUCUGUAAGGACGCCCACUUUCGACCGGCGCAGCCAGUUCUACACCCCUUCGACCAGCCGACCAACUGAGCCAGAUACCAUCUACCUGCCAUCUCCUGAAGCAUUCCAGGUGGUUGACCUGCGAGUUGAUGGUCCUGCAGCCGGCUCGCCAAGGACCAGUAGUCUGGCUGGACUUGAUUUGAUUGGCCUCGAACAUCGCCCUUACUCCUAUUCCUCUUCAGGUCUGCCGUCCACAGGCAGUGUUUUGCUACGCUGGAGAGGACCGACUUUGAGAACCGGACUUCCCAGUUUUGCCCGAGGAGCCACUACCGAGUUCGUCGUUGAGCGCUGGCAUCCAGAUAGGCUGCAUUGGCAAAGAGUAGUAUCAAAGCCUUUCACAGCCCCCAGUCGGGACUCAGCUUCAGACCGAUUUGAGGCAUCUGUGGACCGUCUACAGCUGGGCAUUCCACAUCAUUUCCGGAUAUUCCUGGAUACUCCAAUCGGCCGCAGUGAGCCAGUUAUGUUGACGCAACCAGUCAUACUGCCAAUUGUGACUACACCUCCAACAAAAAGAGGUAAUAUUUCUACCAAGGCACUUUAA